UCUCAAGGGGACGACCCCCAAGGAACUCUUACUUCCCCACAGUUUACCAUCAUUGGCAAAAACAUCUCAUUCCUGAUUGGUGGAGCUUGUAAUGAAUCGUUCUCUCGUGCAGAGUUGAUUGUCAACAGUUUGGUUGUCAGAAAAGCUUCAUCCAGGUUUUGCACGGAGGGAAUGACUCGCACGUUCUGGGACGUCGCGGCUUUCAUUGGACAACGCGCUCGCGUCAAACUGGUUGACUUCAGCUCAGACGAUUGGGGUCACAUUAACUUUGACGAUUUGAGAGGCGACAUGAGCUGUGAAUAAGACCUGAGAUAUAUCGCAACAUAUGCAAGUACCUCCGGUGGACGGAUCAUUGCAAACCUUUAAGUGAUAUCAGAUUUUUUCUAGACUCGAUCUUUAAGCGAAUACUAUUGAUAAACAAUUUAGAAAAACUGAAAAUGGCUUUGAAAAUGAAUUGAGAGUUCUUUUGUGGCUUAAAUAAAUCACUUCAUUAGUUGCGGGAUGUUUAAAGGAUUUUGCUUAAAGUCUGUGCGACAUAAUAUUAAGAUGUGUUUUUCUUGAUAGCGGAGCUCCGGAAGU